AUGGCAUUCCAUGAUAAAGAUAUCAUAAUCCUAGGUGCUGGGAUUAUAGGUUGUACAAUUGCUCGUACAUUAUUGGAAAAAGGUUUUAAUGUUAAAUUGGUUGCAAAACAUUUACCUGGAGAUGAAGAUAUUUGGUAUGCUUCUAAUUGGGCUGGAGCUUUAUGGCAUGGAGCCAGAGAUUUAUCUGCUAAUUAUAAAUAUUUACAAACCGUAAGUUAUAGAAGGUUUAUGAAUGACUAUAAGAUGGAUAAAACUUGUGGAGUUUGUAAAGUUAGAGUUCAGGAAUAUUUUGAUGAAUAUCCUAGUGAUGAUGAUUUAUGGUUUAGAGCCGUCAAUUCCAAUUAUGAAGAAUUAGAAAGUCAUUAUUCUGGAAAUUAUGCUUUUGGUUGUGAAUUUGAUUCGGUAGUAAUUGAACCUCCUCGUUAUUUACCUUUUUUGAAGAACCAAAUUGAAUCUUUAGGAGGUCAAUUCAUCCGUAAAGAGAUUAAAGAUAUUCAAGAGUUAUAUGAUGAGUUUGGAGACUCAAUGAUAUUUGUCAAUGCUUCAGGUGUGGGUCCUAAAUACAUUAAAGGGAUCUUUGAUCCUGAUAGUUAUCCUAAUAGAGGACAGAAUGUCUUGAUCAAAACAAGAACUGAUUAUGCUGUAAGAAGAGCAGGGAAGGAAUAUACUUAUAUCAUUCCUCGUCCAAUGUCAGGAGUGGUGGUUUUAGGAGGAGUCAAUCAACCUGAUCAAACUCAUAGUGAAGUUGAUGAAUCUAUAGUUAAAGACGAGAUUCGCAGAGCUCAUGAAUUGGCUCCUGAUAUUGUAUCAGAAGAUCCAGAGAUAGCUGGUAUCAUAGUAGCCAUUAGACCCGGUAGAAAAGGAACUUUCAGAUUAGAAAAACAGAAGGUGGGACAUCGUUAUUUAGUUCAUGCUUAUGGAACUAAUGGUAAAGGAUAUGCUUAUUCUUAUGGGAUAGCUCAUGAUGUUUGUAGUAAGAUUGAAGAAAUCGAAAGAGACUGUUGUACAUCUGUUUGA